AUUCGACACCAAUCAAUUGCUUACAAACAGUACUGUAAUCCCACAUCAUGCCGCCCAAGAAGGUCCGCAAGGUUGAAGAAGGUGCGUCUGCUACUACCGCAGACGAGACGGCAAGCGUCCCACCGCCUGCACCGACAACGGACACGACAACGGCGCUUCUGAAGUGUGAUGUAUGCGGAGACAGCUCGUUCCCAUCGCGCAACAAACUGUUUCGGCAUCUCAAGGAUUGCGCCGUGAACCUUGCGUUCCACACAGUGAACACGGCGCUCGUAGAAACCCCGACGGACGUCACCAAUGUCUACUACUACGUGACGGGUGGCCGUCUGAGAGGACGCACGUUGGGGUCCGUGGAACGGUACUCCCUCCAUCGCAAGUGCUGGGAAGCGGCGCCGUCCAUGCAGGAAAACCGCGGCAGUCAUGGCGCCGUGGGUGUCGGGAAUCAACUGUAUAUCUUAGGCGGGGGUGGAUUUCGUUCCAACCUAGCUACGUGCGAAAGGCUGGACAUCACGAACGACAAGUGGACUGCGAUUGCACCCAUGACGACAUACCGACAUGCGCUGGCCGUCGUGCACGUGCCCGAGCUCAAGAGCAUCUACUGCAUCGGUGGAUGGGUGAACGGAUCCAAGUGUUCGCCUGUCCUGGAAAAGUACGAUGUCGACAACAACUCAUGGACGACGUGCACCCCCAUGGACGUGCCUCGCCGCCUCCUUGGCGCCACCGCCUUUGAAUCCAAGCUGUACGUGUUUGGCGGGAACGCCGACGAUCACGAGGACAAGGACAAGAAAUGGUACACGGAUGCUGUCGAGUCGUACAACGCAUCGACUAACGCGUGGACGAGACUGGCGCCGCUCCCGACGCCAGGUCCUUGCAGUGCCGUCACGGUGGGCGCGUUCAUCUUCGUGUUUCUCCACGGCAAGUCCGUCCUUCGGUAUGACCCCGCCGCAGACACAUUCACGACGUUGGCGCCCCUGCCGCUCGCGGAAUGGUUCUGCUUUGACGCGAAAGCACUGGGACACACGGUGUACGUGAACGGAGGGAUCACCAAGGGCGUGUGGUCCAAGGCGUUCUACCUCUAUGACACCCUCGCGAACACGUGGACGGAACUGCCGUCCAUGCAGACUGCCCGCCGCCGAUGUGCCGCCGCGCUAGUGCAUGCCGCCUGAGAAUGGAAUGUACUUCAAUUAGGCAAUUAUGUCUAUCCUACAGUAAUAGAAA